ACUAUUGUUGAAGUGUUCUUGUAUUAAUUUCUGAAUUUGACAUGGGUUUUACGGCAUGUAAUGUCUUUUCUUGUUCCAAUCAAACAUGUACUUUAACCAAUACUAUAAAAAUCUAUCAGUACCCUUUAAAGGGUGGUUUUUUCUUGCAAAAACGUACUACCAUUUUUGGGUACUGUGAAUUGGGAUUUAAGCCUUUAUUAGCAGUGAGUAGUAAUGUAGCAGUUCAGAAUGUUAGUGCUGAAAACCAAGCUAAUGAUAAGCCCAGGUAUAAAUGGGUUAAGAUAGGUUCUGAUAUUACUGAGGAACAGAAAAAGGCUAUAUUGAAGCUACCACCAAAGAUGAUAAAUAGAUGUAAGGCAUUAAUGCAACAGAUUAUUUGCUAUUCACCUGAAAAGGGUAGUGUGUCACUCUUGUUAGAGGCUUGGGUGAAGAGUAUGAAGCCUGAUAGAGCUGAUUGGCUUGUGGUACUCAAAGAAUUGGACAGGUUGAAUCACCCCAUGUAUUUUGAGGUAGCUGAAUUAUCCCUCUUAGCAGAAUCAUUUGAAGCCAAUGUUCGUGAUUACACCAAGAUAAUUCAUGGCUAUGCAAAGCUGAAUCGGGUGAAAGAAGCUGAAAGUGUGCUCUUAUCCAUGAAAAGUAGAGGCUUCACAUGUGAUCAGGUGACACUGACAGCUUUAGUUCACAUGUACAGCAAGGCUGGUAACCUUAAGCUGGCUGAAGAUACUUUUGAAGAGAUGAGGUUGCUUGGAGUACCAUUGGAUAAGAGGUCCUUUGGGUCAAUGAUCAUGGCCUACGUCAGAGCUGGAAUGCUCAGUCAAGGAGAGGCUUUAUUGAAGGAAAUGGAAGAACAAGAGAUUCGUGCUGGAAGAGAAGUUUGUAAAGCACUUCUGAGAGCCUAUUCGAUGAUUGGUGAUAGCAAUGGAGCUCAAAGGGUUUUUGACGCACUUCAGUUAGCAGGAGUAAUCCCUGAUGCGACUAUUUGUGGGCUGCUUAUGAAUGCCUAUAUUGUGGCUGGUCAAUUGAGUGAAGCUUGUAUUGCCUUUGAAAAUAUGAGAAGAGUUGGCAUAGAACCAAAUGACAAGUGUAUCGCAUUGCUAUUGACAGCUUAUGAAACAGAGAACAACCUGAGCAAGGCACUAGAUGUUUUGAUGGAUUUGGAGAGGGAUGGUGUUGUGCUUGGCAGAGAAGCUUCUGAAUUUCUGGCUCGUUGGUUCAAGAGACUUGGGGUAGUUGGAGAAGUGGAGCUUGUGUUGAGAGAUUACGCAUCAAACUUAGUGCAUUAAGAAACUGAUGCUUUCUACUGUACUCCAAAGUUCUCUCCGUUGUUUCUGUUUGAGAAACAGUCUUGGUUUCCUAUCUGCAGGUGUGUAAACUUUUUCACUUCAGAAACUGGUUGGUAAACCUUUUUUCAGUAACUGCAGCCCAGCCCCGGCUCACAAUAAGAAAAAAGGGGGUAAGAAUACUGGAGACAGGAGUUUGUUCUUCUCAAUCCGAGUUGGUGAAUAUACUUGUAGAUAUGCAUAUAUACUUGCACAUAUUCAAGCACACGACAACACAUGUCUCAACGUUUCUUAGCCUAGUGGUUUAGUUUAAAGUUUUGGCUUUCGUUCAGGUGUCUUCACUCUUGCUGUACAUUGAUACAGCAUACCGCCCAGGAAAGUAUCACAAGUCACAGCUGCUUGUGUCCACAAAGCAAGCAGAGACAUGUUUUUCAUACGUCUGGUAAGAGGUUGAGGGCCUAAUACAUUUAGAAGAAGAGCUCUUCAUGAUCUUGGAGAUGUAAGCAGCUCUCGGAAGCUGGAAUGCGUCUCCCCGAGUCUUGGCAACAGGAAUACAAUAAGGUUGGCAGAAACAAAGGGUGUACAUAAAGGACAUGACUGUGCCCCAAGUGUUGGUUGAUCCUCUUCUUUCAGCUUCAGUUUUUAGUCAUGUGAAACCAUUUCUUGUAGUAUUUCCAUUACUUUUGGUUCAUUAUAAGUUGUAACUCUAUUUUAUUAAACGUUAAUUGGAGAAACAUGGUCAGUGAGAAGUGAGAAUUCAUAUAGCUGACCCUAGCUUGUUUGGGACCGAGGCGUAGUUGUUGUUCAAGCGAUCGAGCGAAAAUCCAAGUGUUUGGAUUAGGUAAAAAGGAUUAAGAGUAAUACCUAAGAUCCCAAUGGAUAUUGCAGACCUGGAAGCAGCUAAUGCUAAAAAUCUUCCAUUUUGAUGAA